AUGGCACACAUCAGGCUGGAGGCUGCUCUUGAGACAUCUAACAAGUGGCAGAUCACAGAUGCAUCUUUGCUGCGUUGGCGCAAGAAGCUGAAGCAUGUUGCCGAAGAGUGUGAUGACAUGCUGCACAAAUUCAAGCAAAGGAUCCAUGAAGACGAGCAGGUGGAACAAGAGCUGAUGAACUCCUCCCUCCAUAGCCGGAUUGCACGCGCUACCAAGUCAUUCAUUUUCUCUGCCUUCAGUGACAAAAAUGAGCCGAGCAGAUCCAUGGUUCAAAGCCUACAAUUGAAACCAUCAAGAAAGAGCUCACUCAGCUUCCUACACAGGACUUCUCAUGGGUGCCAUAUGUUGAUCUAUGGCACCGAAAACACUGGGACAAUCUCCACAGCUUCUGCACGUACUCAGUGGUUUCGUCCAGACCCAUUGUGUUGCAAGAAGCAAGUCAAGCAACAAGGUAGUAGGAAAAGGAAGCUGGAGGUGCAACAAGAUCAGGUGCAGGUGCUGGGGAGCUGGAAUCGCAAGGUGGCUUGCUUCCUCAAUUCGUGGGUUGCACAUGCACCUGUCCGGCUGCGAGGCUUGAUCCUGACUGGAUUCAGAGAGGGAAGGAAAGUCAGCUAG